UCCCGGCGCGCGCGCGCUUGCCUGCUUCCUGCCGCCGGGGCCAUGGCGACCUGCUUGCGGCUGCAGCGCUGCGGGGCCCCGCGCCUCCGACCCGCGCUCCCGGGCCGCGGCCUCCGCCCCCGCGCCGGAUGCUGGGCACCGCGGCCGGCCGAGCUCCGUGCCUACGCCCCAGGCCUGAGCGGCCUCCCUGAGGCGUUGCUGCGCACCGACAGCUUCGUGGGCGGCCGCUGGCUCCCGGCCGCCGCCACCUUCCCCGUGCUCGACCCCGCCAGCGGCGCCGAGCUGGGCCGGGUGGCCGACUGCGGGGCGCCCGAGGCCCGCGCCGCAGUGCGCGCCGCCUACGAUGCUUUCUGCAGCUGGAGGGGCUUCUCGGCCAAGGAGAGGAGCUCAGUGCUUCGGAAGUGGUACGACUUAAUGAUACACAACAAGGACGACCUUGCCAAGAUCAUCACCGCCGAAAGCGGGAAGCCGCUGAAGGAGGCGCAGGGGGAGGUCCUGUACUCGGCGCACUUCCUGGAGUGGUUCUCGGAGGAAGCCCGCCGCGUGUACGGCGACGUCAUUGGCACCCCCGCCAAGGAGAAGCGGGCCCUGGUGCUCAAGCAGCCGCUGGGCGUGGCCGCCGUCAUCACGCCGUGGAACUUCCCCAGCGCCAUGAUCACCCGCAAGGUGGGGGCCGCCCUGGCAGCCGGCUGCACCGUCGUGGUGAAACCCGCCGAGGACACGCCCUUCUCAGCCCUGGCCCUGGCCGAGCUCGCCCUCCGGGCCGGCGUCCCUCCCGGGGUCUACAACGUGGUGCCCUGUUCCCGGCAGAAGGCCAAGGUCGUGGGGGAGGCGCUUUGCACUGACCCGCUCGUGUCCAAAAUUUCCUUCACCGGCUCCACGGCCACCGGAAAGGUGCUGCUGCACUACGCAGCCGACUCCGUGAAGAGGGUGUCCAUGGAGCUGGGCGGCCUCGCCCCCUUCAUCGUGUUCGACAGCGCCGACGUGCACCAGGCCGUGGCGGGGGCCAUGGCCUCCAAGUUCAGGAACUCCGGGCAGACCUGUGUCUGCUCGAACCGCUUCCUGGUGCAGCGGGGCAUCCAUGACGCCUUCGUGACGAAGUUUGCCGAGGCGAUGAGCACCCACCUGCGCGUGGGCCACGGGCUCGAGGAGAGGACGACCCAGGGCCCGCUGAUCAACGAGAAGGCCGUCGAAAAGGUGGAGAAGCACGUGAGUGACGCCCUCUCCAAAGGCGCUACCGUGGUGACCGGCGGGAAGCGGCACCGACUUGGAAGGAAUUUCUUUGAGCCCACCCUGCUCAGCCACGUCACCCCGGACAUGCUGUGCUCCCGCGAGGAGACCUUCGGGCCUCUGGCACCGGUCAUCAAGUUCGACACGGAGGAGGAGGCCGUGGCGAUCGCCAACGCGACCGAUGUCGGGUUAGCAGGUUACUUUUACUCCCAGGACCCGGCCCAGAUCUGGCGGGUGGCGGAGCGGCUGGAGGUCGGCAUGGUGGGCGUCAACGAGGGGCUCAUCUCCUCCGUGGAGUGCCCGUUCGGCGGCGUGAAGCAGUCCGGCCUGGGGCGGGAGGGCUCCAAGUACGGCAUCGACGAGUACCUGGAGGUCAAGUACGUGUGCUUCGGGGGCUUGUAGGUCCCCCUCGUCUCCGGAGGACGAGGAGGAAGGUGGCCCACAUACACGCCAACGUGCCAUCCCUUAGUCUAGACCGUCGAGUGUGUGAACUACGAGUUUUGUGACGCUCGUCCAGCCCUCCAGAUCUCCAACAGAGGGGCCCCCGCCCUGCCCCCCACCUAACGAGGGACCAACGGGGCCGCGUGCCGGGGCUGCAGGCUCCCCGAGAACCCACCACGGGGCAGCGUCCUGGGAGGGGAGGCCCGUCACGUGGCUCCGGGGGAGCUCGGACCCAGAGGAGAGCAUCCCCUGGCCUACCGCGUGCUGCGUGCACCCCAGGGCCGAGAGGGGUUUUUAACUUCCAAGCGGCUGCGGGGAACAGCACUGUUCCGUGACACAAGAGACCGGUGUGCGACUCAGACGUUGGCGUCCGCACGUGCGACGUCGGGGAGCCCACCGCGCCCCUCCACUCACUUGCUGCAGAGAGAGUGUGGCUCACCGAGCCUCAGACGGCCACUCUGGCUCCUGACGGGCGGAUUCACACCCCGACCCAGACCAGGAGGGGAGCGGGACCCGCCCGCACCUCUCAGGCGUCACCUUUUGCUGAAGCACCUGCUAUACAGAGUGUCCUCUGGGGUCACGCCAGUGAGCCCUCACCAGGAGCGCCCCCCCUCGCCCCCCCGGCCAACGAUCACGGGACUCGGACGACAUUACGCAGGUGCCCGGGUUCCCUGGCCUCGGGGGAGCACUUCCUCAUGUGCCACCCCCCCACACACACACACAGAGACCCCGACCUCCCACAGCCACCGCACCUGUCGCCGCUGCCCCUUCGCGCGGCCGUCCGGUGCGAUGUCCUGCCCAGUGUCCUCCCUCCUUCCUUGUCCACCUGUGCUCCCGCGGGGAGACUGGUGGGCGACCCAAAGCGCCACGUCUGUUUUAUUGCCGACACACCGACUCCGAGCCGUGCCGCGUGCCGGCCUUCUCCGAGGGCCGGGGGCCGGGGCCCGGGGGCUCGAUUCCUCGUGUCCCACCGUCUUAGACAGCGUUUCCCCGGAACAGUGUUGAUGCUGUGCCUGUCUCCAUGCCACACUUUGUGGGACAAAACCUGGGAACUACUGGGAAGCGUGCAAAUGUUUCGUUUUUUAAGCAACUGCACAUACUCAUGUUUUUCCAGGUUUGAUAAUUGUGUAUGUGUAUCGAUGUGUACCAGCGUCAGCAGAACUGUGCGUAAUUAAUAAAUGUUGAAUUCACAGGA